AUGCACGUCACCAACGUGGGUGGUUCGCUCACCACCGCGGUGUGUCUCUCCCUCAUCGCCUGGUCCGUGCGCGUGUUACGGAGCGCCAAACACAGAGAUCGAGCGAGGCAACGAACGACCGCGAACGCGACGCCCACGGUGAAGCUGAACAAGCAGACGUACGGCGUACUGAGCGCCAAGGCGUUUUGGAUGUUAGUGCAAACGAAUCCCGUGCCAUACGUCCUUCUAGAUGUCAGACCGGCGAGCAAGGAGGACGGAGGCGCGGUAUCCAAGCUCAGCGAACGGCUCAACGUGACCCACAUCCUACCAGAGGAGUUGGCCAAUCUUCUGCGCAACCGAUCGAUGCUGUGGGCGAAGAAAUUUCCAAACGUCCCUGUGCCGAGCUUGAAAACGACGCUCAUUUUUGUCAGCACCCACGGACACAGUUCAUCUCACGCGGCGGCACUCGCGACGAGUCUAGGCUUCACCAGGUGCUCCGUCGUGGAUGGCGGUCUCGCGGCGGCGGUACCGCUGGCACACUUCGAGGAGAACGACGCGAUCUCGCCAGCGAAAGAAGGCUCGAUGAGCUUAGACGCAGUCUCACUCCUGAUGGAAACUGUGAGAGAUGACGGUAACCUGCUCGGUUUAGUGAUUUUGGACAUUCGCCGGUUUGAUGAGCGAGCCCUGUAUGGGACACUCGAGGGAUCGACGCACGUCCCGGUGGAUCAGCUUCCGAAGGCACUGGGCAUGACAGAGGAAGAAUGGGUGCGAAUGUUUCGAUUUCACAAGCCUACGGCGGAUAAUUUGAUCCUCUUACACAGUCGAAGCGCGAGUGCUGCGGCUUGGGCUAAGCAGUUGUUGUCCGACUCCGGCUUGCACAACUGUCAUUCGUACGUCGAUGGCGCGUAUGCCGGCCCCGAUGGAAAUGUGCAAAGCUAUGACGCGUACGAGGAAGGCGAAGCGCCGCCCGAACCGGUCCCGGUUGGUCAAGUCUUCAACCGAAUGAACGCCGAACGGGAGUUGCUCGAUUUACGAAUUCACAUCAACGUGUAG